AUGUUAAUGGCAACACAUAUCGAUAUAAUCCAAAAGCUCAAUGUAUAUCCAAGAUUUCAAAACCAAGACCAGAAAAAACUAAUCACUCUCUCCAAUUUAGACCGUCAGUGUCCGUUACUCAUGUACUUGGUUUUCUUCUACAAGAAAACCACUAGUGGUGACUUUGAUUCGGUCUUUUCCGACCUCAAACUCGGGCUGGAGGAGACUUUGUCUCUUUGGUAUCCCGCUGCUGGUAGGUUGGGUUUGGACGGUGAUGGCUGCAAGCUCAACCUUCGGUGUAAUGGAGGCGGCGCAGUCAUAGUGGAGGCGGUGGCGACAGGUGUGACAUUGUCAGAGCUUGGUGACUUGACUCAGUACAAUGAGUUUCAUGAGACUUUGGUUUACAAGUCUUCCUUUGAUGGUGAUUUCUCUGUGAUGCCUCUUGUCGUUGCUCAGGUGACAAGAUUUGCAUGUGGAGGGUACUCAAUUGGAAUCGGUACAAGCCACUCGCUAUUUGAUGGAAUCUCAGCUUACGAAUUUCUUCAUGCGUGGGCUUUCAAUUGUCACAGUAACAACAAAUCCAGUGGUACGAAUACUAAUGAAAAGGAUAAUUUGGUCAGCAAACCGGUUCAUGAUCGAGGAAAUCUACUGUUUAGCGAGGAUGGUAUCCGAGCAUCCAAGGCUGUAGCCAUUUAUCAUCUGUACCAGCUGAUCAAACAAGCCAUGAUGACCCAUCAGGGGCAAAACUGUAAUUUUGAGUUACCAGACUCCAGUUUUGUGAUCAAAACCUUCGAGCUUAACGGUGAAGGGAUACAAAGCAUGAAGAAAAAAUCAGCAGAUGGAUUCUCGUGCUCCUCCUUUGAGUUUCUUGCUGCUCAUUUGUGGAAGGCAAGAACAAAAGCUUUAGGGUUGAGGAGAGACGCCAUGGUGUGUUUGCAAUUCGCGGUGGACAUAAGGAAUAGGACGGAGCCGCCACUGCCGGAAGGAUUUUCCGGCAACGCCUAUGUUCUUGCCUCAAUGGCAACAACCGCCGGAGAAUUACUCGAAGAACUAACACUCGAGUCAAUAGUCAACAAGAUUAGAGAAGCCAAGAAGUCAAUUGACCAAGACUACAUCAACGCUUACAUGGAAGCACUUGGAGGAGGUGAUCAAAGAAAUGACGGAAAUCUCCCUCCUAUCAAAGAGCUAACCCUAAUAUCCGACUGGACAAAAAUGCCAUUUUGCGAUGUUGGCUUUGGCAACGGCGGCGAACCGGCGGAUUACAUGGCACCACUGUGUCCUCCGGUGCCACAAGUUGUUUAUUUCAUGAAGAACCCUAAAGAUGCUAAAGGGGUUAUUGUAAGGAUUGGUUUGGACCCACAAGAUGUUAAUGAUUUUGCAAAUCAUUUCCUUGGUUAUUAAUAGGAUGAUGUGAUAAUUAAUUAGCAGAAUCUUUGUUAAUUACUUAUGUUAUAUAAAUAUAUGAUG